CUAUCUCUCUACAACCUCAAGCUCAAGGAUGAAUCCACACUCACUAUCAUCAUCAUGGAAGAGGACCACCCCUUCAUCGGUCAGUGGCUUCUACAACUUCCUCACACAAGCACUCGACGACUUGGAUUCUUCUUUCUUAUCCUCAUCGUCGUCCUCAUCGUCAUCGACCUACGGCAACAACUUCAUGUCAGUCCAGCAUCUGCAGCAAGUCCUCCGCUCGCUCCAGUCGGUCCACUCCCAGUUGACCUCUCUCGUCCACGAGCUCCGCCUCCCCGUGGGCGAGAAGUGGCUCAACGAGUACAUGGACGAGAGUGACAGGAUCUGGGAAGCUUGUAGCGUUAUCAAGUUCGGCCUCUCUCGAAUGGAGAGGUACUGCGCGACGGCUUUGAAUGCCCUCGGCUUAAAUGAUCAUCACUUGGAUCAUUUGCAGGUACUUCGGGCUAUCGAUGAAUGCAGAAGAGAGGUGUUGGUGUUGGAGGUGGAGAACAGGCACUUAAUGGAAGCAAGAGUUCAACCACUCUCGCUGUGCUUCAAUGAGAACAUCCCGUUGGAGUCCAACUUCAAUGGCUUCAGUGGCUUCAGGGGUGCCCUCUAUGCCAUGAGGAAUGUGAGCUCAUUGCUCUUGACGAUCCUCCUCUCCGGCCUCGUCUACACUUGGCCGGACUCGGUCUUCCACCACGGCGGGUACGAGGACCACGCCGUGUUCGGGUCGAAUUUCAUGAUCUCUUCGUCGAGGAUCCAGCAGAGGAUGGCCAGCGAGAUCGACCGGAUGAGCUGGGGGUCACCGCCGGCGCCGCCGAUCCUCCUCUACGAGCUCAGGAGGGCGAGGCACAGCAUGGAGGAACUCAGGGGGCAGUUGGAGAGGGGGGGUGAAGAGGCUGAGCAUCAUCAUCAUCAUCAUCGUCAUCAUCAAGUGGGGCAGGAACAUGUGCAAGACAGGGUUGAGAAUUUGAAGGGAUUGAUUGGGUGUUUGAGAAGUGGGGUGGAGAGUGUGAUGGUACAACUUGAUGAUUUGUUUGAUGAAAUAGUUGAGGCAAGGAAGAAUCUUUUGGACUUGUGUAGCCGUAGAUAGAGAGUGAAGAGAGAGAG